AUGAGCGAGAGGGCUGAGAUGAGAGGGCCCAUAACCCGCCGGAGGAGGACGACCAUCUCCGGGGCCGGCGGCGGGGCGCCGGGCGUCAGGCAAGCCGGCGGGAGCAAGGGGCACGACGGCGGGACCAAGCCUCCGCAGUACCCCGCUAAAGCCAAACCGGCGGCGGCGGCCGGCGUUUCCGAGCACGCCAGCCACAACGGGAAGGCGGACAGAGAUGUGGGGAUGCCGGGGAGGCAGCAGCAGCCCCCCAACAGUCCGAGGAAGCACCGAAAUGCAGUGGAAGAUAUCACCGACAGACUCAGCUGUCAUGUUCUUCAGGAGUCGCUCCUGAGCUCAGCCAGCGGCUACAGCAACUACAGAGGAAUCCUCAACUGGUGUGUUGUCAUGCUGGUUCUCAGUAAUGCACGUCUCUUCUUGGAAAACAUUAUAAAGUAUGGCAUUUUGGUAGACCCCAUUCAAGUAGUGUCGCUUUUCUUAAAAGACCCCUACAGCUGGCCGGCAGCUUGCCUAAUCAUUGUGUCCAACGUGUUCAUCUUAGCGGCGCUGCAUGUGGAGAGGCGUCUGGCUGUGGGUGCAAUUUCUGAAACCACAGGAUGGAUUCUUCAUUUUUUCAACCUGAUAUCUUUGUUGAUCUUUCCCUCAUUUACAGUACUCACUGUGACCUCCAUGACCCCAGUGGGUGGUGUGAUCUCUCUAGGCAUUUACACUGUGCUGUUUCUCAAGCUGUACUCUUACCAAGACUCCAACAGGUGGUGCAGGGAAAUCAGACACGCCAAAGCCAAGAGACUGACUCGAUCACAUUCCUGUCCAAACGUGGCACAGUUAAAUGGGUCAGCAGUUCAUUCACAUGUCUCCUACCCAGGCAACCUCACACACAGAGGGUGUGCUGUGUAUUUGCUGCUCGGUAGCGAGUUGACUGAACCUGUCUGUUUGUCUUUAGACAUGUACUACUUUGUUUUUGCACCAACCCUCUGCUACCAGCUCAACUUUCCACGAUCUUCUCGAAUACGCAAAACAUUUCUGAUAAGAAGGCUUUUCGAAAUGCUUUUCCUCAUGCAGUUGCUGGUGGGAUUGAUACAGCAGUGGAUGGUUCCUACCAUUCAGAACUCAAUGAAACCAUUCCAGGAAAUGGACUUUUCACGGAUGGUGGAGCGACUGCUGAAAUUAGCUGUCCCCAAUCAUCUGAUAUGGUUGAUAUUCUUUUAUUGGUUUUUCCACUCUUCUAUGAACUUUGUAGCAGAGUUGCUGCAGUUUGGAGACAGAGAGUUCUACAAAGACUGGUGGAACUCUGAGACAGUCACAUAUUUCUGGGCCAACUGGAACAUCCCAGUACACAAGUGGUGUCUGAGACACUUCUACAAGCCAAUGUUGAGAAGAGGCAUCAACAAGUUUCUGGCUCAAACUGCAGUUUUCUUGGUUUCUGCCUUCUUCCAUGAGUACCUUGUGAGUGUUCCUCUGAAGAUGUUCAGACUGUGGGCCUUCAUGGGAAUGAUGGCUCAGGUCCCUCUGGCUUGGUUUGUGAGUCGUUACCUGAAUGGAAACUAUGGCAACGCAGCCGUGUGGAUCUCACUCAUCAUUGGACAGCCGGUGGCUGUGUUGAUGUAUGUCCAUGACUACUAUGUUAUUCAUUAUGGGAGCUCUUCGUAGCACUGGACAAACGCACUUUCUCCUUCUGAACAGUAAUGGACAGUGACGGAACGCUAAUAUUAAGCUGCCUCAGCUUUUAUCUUUGCACUUCAGAGAACUGGACAGCAGGGUGUUGAGAAGUUAUCUUCGAUAUAUAAAUAACAUGAAAUUGCUGGUGUUGCUUGCUCGGUAAACCGUAGAUCCCUUUCCCGGGCCAAAAAGGCUGUUAAUCCGUCAGCCUGUAAACAUUCGGAUCCACCAUCAGCGCACCGUGAUUCCACGUCGAGCAUCUAAGUGUGGCUCCACAGUGGAGCAGAGCAGGAAACAGUUUCUCUUUGUUAGGAGGAUUUAUUUCAAACAGAAUAAAGGUCGCAUUUGAUAAACCUCCAAAACAAAUUGUUAUGCUCAAGAAGUACUUUAACAUACCCAAAUGUGGAAACACUGUUCGAAACCAAGAACUUCACCAAAGUCGUAAAUGUUUGGGAUGUGUCUCGUUAACCACUGCCAAACGAAUACGAGCUAGAACACAAUCCUGCCUACAAACACAACCAUUUUGAAGUUGAUUUGCUUCUAAAAAAAGCAAGGCUUGAAAUCCAGUUCAACAUCAAAGAUCUUGUCAGGUCUUGAAAUUGACCAAAGUGACAUUUUUUUUAAACAUGUAUUCUGCACAUAUGUAUAUGUAUAUACAUAUGCAUGUGUUAACCCUGAUUCAAAUAAAAAAAGGCUCUCUUCACUAAAGGAACAAAGGAUAAAUAGAUAUUAUUGUGAUUUCAUUUGUUCAAUCAUGAAUGUAACUGUUUCUCUGCUAAACAACACAACCAGUAAGAACUCAUAGUUUAACGGGACAUGGUUGUAUGUGUCUUUGGAUUUGUCUCUGGUGUGUAUCUGAUGAGAGGUGUCUGACGAUUAGUUUUAUUUUGUAUUUCUGUUCGUAUAUAUGACUGCAUGCAGUUAAAUGAUGUGUGAUCUUUGUGCUACACCAGUGAACUGAGGCAGUGUUUGAUUGACCUGUUUGAAACCAAUUAUUGUUGUUUUUGCACUUUACAGAGAUGCAUGCCAUUGAUGAAAGCAAUAGAUUUCUAUGAAUAUAUUCUCUUAAGUUAAAGCAAUCAUCUAAAGAGCAGCUUUUGUGCGAAUAAUCUGUAUUUUGUGUGAUUCACUUACAGAAAAUGUGUUCCUUAUGCUCCAUAAAUUGAGAUUAUGAAAGGGACAUUCAAAAAGUCUCUUCAUGUUCAUGUUUAACAUUAUUUAUAUUCAAACCUAUUUCUUAGUUUGAUAACUGGUAAAGCGUAACACUCUUUCCAAUGCAGCUCAAUACAAGAAAAUACUUUUCUAUUUAAGAUUUAAAACACUUUUAACUGAUAAUUGAGACUGUCUUGUAAAAAAAAAAAGUCCUGUAUUUCUUUCUCUUUUUUUGAUCACAUUUCAGGGAAAACACUUAAAUCAAACACAAGUUGUCUGAAAGACCUUGUGUGUUUCAUUCCGAAUCCAAAAGAACAAGUGCCUGCUGUAAAAAUUUGCGCUUAUAUUUAUAAUAUGCCGAAUAUUUAGAGAAAGCAUUGUAAAGAAAAAACAACCACUUUCAGUGUAGCAGUUAAACCACAUGGUUGUAUUAUUUUCCGAUUUAUUUUAAAGUCUUGGCCAAUUUUAACUUUAUUAUUUUACCAAAUGUUAAAUUUAAGGCUACUUAUUUUCUUUUAUAACAUGGUUCUGCAUAAAUCUCACCAUGUAACAGGUCUGUCAUUAACGUCAAUGUGUAUUGUUUUGAGCUACUUUUAUAAAACAAAUAUUCUACAGUUCUGCCAGUUAAUGUGUGAUGUUUGUUCAGCCUUUGUUGCAAAUGCCACAGAUUGACUAUGAGAAUUAUUUCUGCUCAUCAUCUUUACUAAAUCAACAAGUUGUAUUUGUAAAAGGCCUAAAAAGGUCUCUUUGCAAACAGCUUUUGAGAAAAACUAAUGAUCAUUUAGUAUAAGAGAUAUUAUAAAACAGAGGUAAUUUAGCUGGAAAGUGUUUUCAAGCUUUUCAAGUUCUUGAAUGCAAAUAUAAAAUCCAACUGUGCAUUGAGAAUUUUGAAGAGUUAAUUUAAAAAUGAAUUAACAUCAAAUGAAUGUAUUGCUAGUUUUGCUCACAUUGUGAAAAGAUGUUUGAGUUGAAACAAUAAUGGUGUUUUGAAAAUGCAAAAAUAUUUGUGCUGUUUCAUAAAGAUGGUUUAUAUCUGAUUUUUGGGACUGGUUGUUUCUUUUAUUUUCUCAGAAUUUUGACGAAGAAGCAACCAGAAAUUUGUGAUCAUUCAACAGGCUGGAAACAAAUAAAUGUUAUGUGUGA